UAAUUAUGGAUAAAGUUAAUGCUGAGGAAGAAGGAUUAAUUAAUAGGAAGUAAACUAAAGAGUUCUCAGCCUGUAAAAAUUACAUUCCAGUAGUUGUUGAACCAUAUCCUUAAACAAAAUUGAAGAAGAUUGAUGAUAAUAAGUAAUCAUGAUUGAAAUUUGAAUUAAGAUGGUUAUUUAAUAAGGAUUCUACUUUAUAUCCUGUAAUGUAUAAAAUUCACGAGACUUUAAAUGGAGCUAAAAACAUGUACUUUUACGUAAAAAGGGAAAAUGGACGAUAUGCAUUACUCAAACAUGGUAUGGUUAAUUUUGCUAAAUUUAGAAAAUAAGUUAUAGUUGGUUUUCAAAAAGUAUAAAUCAAAUGAUGGAUUUUUGCAUGUUUAUUAUCACAAUGAUAUGAUAAAUAGAAGCAAAUUAUUAGAUUAUUGUUUUUAUUUUGCGUAGAUUGUAAUUGCAUUUUAUUUGGUCUUAUUUAUAUAUGGAUAUUUAAAGAUGCAUGAAUACAUAUGA